UCUGUGAAGCAACUUAGUGAACUAAUGGAGCACGGUAACAUCACCUAUUUGAAGGAUUUGGAUUUGGCUCGCCGUGAUUACACUGUGAAGGUUCGUGUACUCCGUUUAUGGAAGCAACCCAUGUAUAACAAUCCAGAGCAGUUUUACUCAAUCGAAAUGAUCGUUGUUGAUGAAGAGGGAACCACCAUGCAAGCCAAUGUUCUCCGAAGAUGGUUUCCGAGAUUUGAACAACUUUUGAAUGAAUCAGAUUGCUAUUUCAUUGUCAAACCCACUAUUGGGUUAAAUGAGUCCAAGUACAAGUAUGUGGACAACAAAAACAAGCUGGGAAUCUACUGUGAUACCGAUGUGUAUCCAUGUAAGGAUUUCAAUGGUCCCAUCUAUGGGUUCUCAUUCACAUCCUUUAAGGAUAUCAUCGACAAAACUGUUCCAGAAAACAAAUCUAUAGAUGUUAUUGGUUUUGUUGCUGAUGUUAAAGACCUUAAGAAGUUUAAGACAGCAAGGGGUAAAGACACCAAGAAACUCAAUGUCAUCAUUCAAGAUCUAGAGAUGGAUUCAAUAUACCUGUCUUUGUGGGAUUCUUAUGCUGGUCGGAUUUUAGAGCACUGGGAAAACAGAGAACAACAUGGUGUUAUUGUUGUCAUUCUGCAGUUUGCUACACUGAAGUACUUUGGUCGUUUUGGUUAUGUUAACAGCUGUUUCAAUGUUUCAAAGCUUUUCAUCAAUUCUGAUGUUGAUGAAAUGACUUCUUUUCGUAACAGGCUUAUUACAAACUUUGCUGCUUCGUCAUGUUCGAGUCAAUCUUCUCGGCUUUCUGGAAUUUUUUUAUCAUUGUAUGAUGAGUAUGUUGUUAGAUCUGAAUUCAACAACACAGCUGAAGUAAAUCUCAAUCAGGCCAAGUCUGUUGUUGUUGUUGGUACUGUUCAAAUGAUAUCCGAAGAUUUGCCAUGGUAUUAUUUUGCUUGUAAAGCUUGUAACAAGAAGGUUUUCCAAAAAGUUAAUAAUGAUACACCUACGGUUGGUGUCUUGGUUGAUGAAGAAGAGGUUUAUGAGUGCAAAACGGCAACUUGCAAGGACACUGUGAUUCAAUAUACUCAAAGGCUUAAAAUUCCAUUGACUGUUCAAGAUUCAAGUGGAACUGUGUCAUUGACAUUGUUUGACAGAGAUGCUUGCCGAAUUCUAAAAACAACUGCAGCUAACUUAAUUGAGAAACACGUUGCUGGUGGUGAUAAGGGUCUGUAUCCUGACGAGUUUGAAGCUCUUUUGGGGAAAAAAUUUGCAUUUAAGAUUGAUAUAAGUGAGUUCAACAUUGAAAACAACUUUUGGUUUUUUGGUGUUUCUAAAUUGACUGAUGAUGAGGAUAUCAUAUUUGAGCUUGAGAAGAAAGCAAACAACAUUGAGGUGGAAAAGUCUGCUUCUUUGAACAACAGGUUCACUGAUAUGGAUUCAGAAGAUACUGUUAACCUGAAUGAUGAUAACUCCACUGAUGUUAUUAUGGGAGUCACUGUUGGUACCAAAUCAAACGAAGACGUCAAAUCGAAGGUUGCUACUGAGUCCAUGGAUGAUAAUGUCAUCACCCCUUUGGCCAAAAAUUUGGAUGACACUGCCAUGGCAAGUAAGCCAUUUGGUGAGCCUGCGAUUUUUAAGAGGAAAACCAAAAACCUGCUUUCAAGAAAAACUUGGUUGAGAGUUAUGAUGUUGAUGAAAAUGGAGAAAUGUCAACCACCAAACCAGUUAAACCUGGGAAACCAACUCUCCUAAUUCCAAAAAUUGAAAAAUGAAGACUUUACAGUCUUUAUGUUCUAAGUGUUGUUUUCCUAUGUUAUUUUAAUGUGUUUUAACUUAUGUUUAUCGUUUAAGAACUACUUCAAAAGCUUUGGAUCAUUCCAGCUUUUAUGUUUAAGAAGUUUAAUUUCCUUUUGUUGUACUGAAUGCUUCUUGACAAUAU